GCAGUUGCACGAACGCCACGCGGACGCUGGGCGGACCUGACGUUCGAGAAAAGGAAUCUUGCAGGUUCCAAAAUUAUCGAGCAGGAAGUGGAGCAUUUGAGGAAGGUUUAAAAAUGCCUUAUUUGGAGAUUGCAACAAACAUUCCUAGAGACAGAGUGACUCCGGAAAUUGUUUCAACCCUUAGUAAAACUCUUAGUGAAACCAUUGGGAAGCCAGAACAGUAUUGUGUUGUUAGAGUAAUUCCUGAUCAGCUCAUGAGUUUCGGAGGCACAUUUGAUCCUUGUGGUUCUGCAAUUUUGAUGAGCCUUGGCAAGUUAGGGGUUGAAGAAAACAAAACGUAUGCUUCUAAGAUUUAUGCAGUAGUGGAGAAGCACCUUGGGAUUCCUAACGAUAGAAUGUACAUCCAAUUCAUAGAUAAGCAGACAUCAGAAGUUGGCUUCAAAGGAACAACCUUCCACCAGAUUUUGGGUCGUUAAAAGGGCAUAAGUUUGCAAGAUGCCACAAGUGAAAUGAAGAUAUUGCAAUAUGCUUUACUGUGCACUCCUCUGCAUCAACACCGUACAUUUCACAUGCAGGAUAAUAUGAGCAGAUAUUGUUUAUUGCUUGAUGUCUUGUGAUUCUUGGCAUCUUUGAGUAGAGAUGCUAAGAAAUGAAACCCAUAUCAUUAAUCUAGCUAGCUUAAUAUUCAACCAUGAUAAUUGCCCGUAGGAACGCAGCUAAAAUGUUUGUGCUUUUGAGUUUACAGUGUAAUUAAAACCUGUAUUUUGUUAGAUGUAGCUUGUUUCUAGAUAAAGGACUAUCUACUGUUAAUUCUCUAUAUGUCAGGAGCAUUGGAACAAACAUAAAGACUUGCUGCAUUC